GUCUGUUCCUGUUUCAUUCCUCUUCAUCUCACACCCUCUGGCUCCUCUUGAUCCAGACCAGAGCCACAUCAAACACUGCAGAAGAACUGUAACAGAAGUGCAGAUAAUUCCACACUUUCCCAAGAAGUGGAACAGCGUGGAACAGACCUUCUCAGCCCGGGUGUACAAUUAUACAAAGACAAUCCAACGGCCCUAUUUUUGUUCCUGAGUGUGAAAAAAGUGAAGCGAGAGAAAAAAAGAAGAAGAAGAAAAAAAGAAAACUCACUAUAAAUUGACCAUAGCAGCACAGGGCAACUUACUGUAGCUUGAAGAGCACGGUGGGCGGGGACUGUCUGCUGAUUGGCUGGAGCGUCUGAGGCGGUGGAGACUGAAGUAGGAAAUAAGUAGCGAGUAAAUUCUUCCUUUUUGCCCUGUCUGGAAAGGAUGGGGAAGAAGGAUGCGAGUGCUGCCAGGCUGCCGGUCGAUCAGUACCGCAAACAGAUCGGUAAGCAGGAUUAUAAGAAAACGAAGCCGGCUCUGAGAGCCACGCGUCUGAAGGCCGAAGCGAAGAAGAGCGCUCCAGGAAUCAGGGACACCAUCCUGGUGGUUUUGGCCGUGCUGGUCUUUCUCCUGUGUGUUUACGCUUUCUUCUACCUCAACCUGAGCACAGAGCUUAACCUGGACAAUGAAGUGGACUAAUCACCUGCACUUAAUGACACUGUGGGGGACUCUUGGAGGCUGGGAGCAGCAACCUUUUCAUAGCCUGCCUCGUUUACAGAGGCUGAACAAGACUCUCUACUCUCUACAUCUAAACUACAUCUGAACAUCUCAGUGGCCUUUGUGACUGCGGAGGCUUAAGAAAAGACCAAACAAAGGCAAUACAGUGCAUGUGACAGAACGGAACGCGGAAGUGCCAAGGUCACUCUUUUUUUAUUUUGUAAGAUGCUGGAAUGUCCUUUCAAACAAAAGGUUAUACAAAGAGUGAACCCUUGGUUUUUUUUUUUCAUUUUCCUACUUUUCUAUGUCCUUUUGAGAUUAAAUUGUUAUAAAAUCUUUCCCUUCACCUGUUUUAUAACCCCAGCUGGCUCUCAUGUGUCUCUCCUAGUUCUCCUGGUACUUUAUGGCCAGUAUCAAGGUGCACUUCACAUUCUUUAAGGCUCAUUACUGUGGCAUUCCAUCUUCAGAAAGAAUUAUGGAACGCUUUCACCGUGUUAUUUUUAUUUUUAAUUUUUUUCUGUGUGUUUCUCAGUGCAGUCAUGCAUGCGCAUUCCUCUCCACAAAUCUUCUGCCCGCGGAUCUAUGGAUCUCAACUCUGGAGAUUAAAGACGGAGAGCCAGCCGCUGAUUGAGUGUGUGUGUGCGGAAUACUGAAGUGCUCUUUCUGUCACACACUCUGUCAGAGCCCAUCUUAUUAGCAUCUUAAAUACCGUCAGCCUCUAUGAAUGAGUAGCAAUAAAAGCCCUUUGUCAUGAAGACCUUGACGUGCUCUCCGCUAAUGUGUGUGCGUGUGUCAUUUGAGGAGUCUGAACAAGAUGAAAAACACGGCCCUCCGCCGCUCGCUGACCUGCAGCGCUUCCCUUAUACGUAUCAGACAGAGAGAGAGAAAGCGAAGGGGGGGGGGGAGGAAUGUGUGAAGGUUGAUGACAUUCAAGAUUAAUUUACGCUCCUUUUUGUAUUGUGUAUUAAAACUCGUGCAAACAUCCCGAACCGACUCAUUUCAUUCCAGAGAGAGUGGGAGUUGGUUUAUUAUUCCCUGCAUGACGUGCACGUCUCUGCUCAGGAUUAGUGCCUCGCUGCUUAAUGCUUGUUUUCCUAGGAAGGGCCUCUGUUAUCAUUAAUUGAAGAAUCAAUUGAACAAAACAUUUUUCUACUUUGUUUCUGGUAUGAAGGCAAAAUCUUCUUUUGUGGCAAGACUGUGUUCAAUCAAAAUAAAACCUUGUAUAUGGCUUUAUGACUAA